AUCUAUGAUAAAUAAAGCAUUAUAAGACAAUAUAAAGUGUGAUGCAUGUACUUACAUAUGUAAUUUAACAACCUAAUGUUUACAUUGACAAACACUACUUAAUUAGAAAAAUAACAAUAUGAUACUAAUCAUUAGGUAGAUAAGGAAAAAGUAUAUGAUAUAACCAAUUAUUCACAUAUAUGUAAACAAAGCACAUUGAUAACUAAAGGAUGGCACAUUUUAUUCAAAGACAAAUUGGAGAUUCAUUAGAUUUUUUAACAAAGUAUCAUAAUAUAUCUAAUAAACUGAAAAAACGUUUCUUGAGAAAACCAAAUGUUGCUGAAGCAAGUGAUCAAUUUACUGCUUUGGCUAUUGAAUGUGAGCAAAAAGAACUGUGGCAGUAUGCCGGUUUAUGUUCACUAGCUGCAGCUAGAUGUCAAGGAACAUUGGAAAAUGUUUCUUCUGAAUUAAAUUUUUUAAUUAAAGCUGGAAGAGAAUUUCUUGUGGCUGAUAAAAAGGACAAAGAUAUAGGUUGUCCUUCUAUAGGACAAGAGAAUACACAGGCUGCCAUAAGUUGUUUUGGUCAUGCAUUAGCACGUUGUUAUAAUCAACCAGGAUUCAAUACUAUGUCAGCUGGAUUAGCAUUAGAAUUAGCAUUAGCUUUGGGUGCUACUUCAGCUGGUAUUCAACAAUUACGUAAAGCUAUUGAUAUUUUUUCAACUUCAAAAGCUAUUAACACAUUGGUAUCUUAUCACAUUAAACAAGGUGAUUAUGUAUCUGCACUUCAAAUUUUGAAUGAUUUUGUUGAAUUUAUUGAGAGUUAUAUUAAUGCUGGUGCAAGAGGCAAUUACAGUAUUAUAUUACACAGAUGUGAAGUGACCAGAGUACUAUUGUUACUCAUACUUCAACCAUCUCCUCAAAGACUUACACCUUCCUUAACACAAGUGUUGGAGAAAUAUGCAUGGAUAGAAGAAACUACAAAUAAUGAUUUCAAUAUGAGCGAAGAUGAAUUAUUACUGUUACAAUCCUUAGUAUUAGCAUGCCAGUCACAUGAUUAUGAAGCAUUGCUAGAACUGGAAGGAGAAUUAUGGCCAUACUUAGAUGCAGAACAAAAAGAACUACUACAUAAGUUAAUUCAAGUUUUAACAGCUCAAUAAUGAUAUCUUAAAUGCAUUAAUUAUGUUACAAUUAAUACAUAAAUGUUAUUUAAUAAAAUAAAAUGUUCAGUUCUGAUGAAUUAAUGCUAUAAAAAUCUUCUGAUGAUGCAAGCAGUUACUGUAGGUAUGGCUCUUACAC